CUAGGUUCCAUGACCAGUUCACCUCCAUCUCCAAUAAGGCCUCUGAGUGAUCUCUUUCUUCCAAACAGUGUUUCAAUAUAUUUUGUACUUUUCCGCAACAGUGAAAAUAUUUAAUGGUUGUGAGUAAUCUGAACCAGGUGAUUUUUCUCCAGUCUUGUGAUCCAUGGAAUUGGUAUUGUUGUUCCUUCCUCUUGGAUUCUUCCUAUUUGCCAUUCACGAACACAGAAUUUGUUUUCAUUAUGAUGAAAUUUAAAGAUGAUGGCUGUUAGAUCAACAGAGGUGGGUGAGGAGGAGAAGAUGGUUUUCCAAAGUGAUGUAUCCAUAGAAUUUGCCGCAAUAAUAAACAUCAGAGGUCCACUUGAACUUCCUUGGGGUGUUGCACCUUCCUCUUUUUUCCAGUAGAUUUUCUUAUUCCAGUUCCAUCUCAACCAACGUUUCUCUGAUAUUCCUUUUAGCAUCAUUGAUAACUGAGGAUCUAAUUGAUUUAUUUUUCCAAGAGCUUCUGACAGAUUCACAACAUCAAAUGCUUUCGACAUAUCAAUCGAUAUUAUUAUUUUGUCUUUAAUUUGGUGAUUAAAUUGAAGAUCAAAUAAUAAUUGUUGUCUUGAUUUGUUUCUUGUAUACGCAUAUUGAGUAUCUUUUUCGAUGAGUAGGUGAAGAAUUGAUUGAAGUCGAUUUGAUAGUAUUUGAUCAAUCAAUUUGAGCAAAUAAUUAGGUGAUUUGACGAUCCGAACAGAGCAAUUAUCUGGUUUCUGUACAAGGCCAACUCCAAAUAUUCUAAUCACCUCGGGUAUUUCUCCCCAUCUGAAUAUUUCAUCUAUUACUUUAAUAAUUUUAUCUUUAUUUUUUUCCCAGAAAAUUUUCCAUGAUUGUUGAUUGAAAUCGUCCGCAUCCAAGGAGCUGCCUUUUAUUGUUUUUUCCAAUAAUAAUCUUUCAUAUUUUGUUAUUCCAUCAAAUCUUAUUCUAGUUGAAUUGCUGCUGAAUAUUGGUCGGUUUGUAGUGAAUUUUGUUAAGUUUUCUUCAAUGGAUUGUUUAUAUUGGUCAUCAAUGUUAAAUUCAUUCAUCAUCAGAUUGAUUUUCUUGAUCCACUUUGCCAUAUUCCGUUCUUAUUUGGAAAUAAUAAUAUAUUACGACAAUUUUUAAUGAGAUGGUGAUGCUUAUCCAGUGGUCGAUUGUCCAUCGGAAGAAGUUUAAAUUUCCAGUUUCUAAUCAUCAAUUUACGUGAUUUUUUCGGUGACCAUGGUGAAUAAUUGUAAUUGGAGUCUCCACAAACUAUUGUUGGAAUAUGAUCAACGAAUUGAUUAAGUUGGAUCCAUCGGUUGAAGCACUUGUUGGGAAUGUAUAUUCCAAAAAAUUUGAACUUAUUAUUAUUUAAUUUGAAAGUAAUAAUAACUGUAUCCGGAAUCGAUCUAAUAACUUUAAUCACAUUUAAGUCAGACGAGAAUGAGAUUGUUGUUCUACCAUUUGUUAGUGGGACCGAUCAUUUGGAUCUCUUAAUUUGUGGAAUUUGUGACAAUUUGGCCGUUAAACCUCUCGUUCAUGAUGGAGGAUAUAAUCAAACUUUUUGUCAACGCUUUUUCUGUGGUUCUUGUGUACCUACUCGUGUUAAUAGCUUGAUGUAUCAGCGUGUUAAUCGUCGGGGAAAUAAGGAGACCAGUUGUGUUUUUUAUCCUAAUUGUACCAUUGAUUUUAAUCAUCCUUAUUUUAGAAAGCCUUCAGGAUUUGAACGGAUGGAAUUCAAUAAGGUUAUUAUUACCUGUCUUCAUUGUCCACGACGAUUUAAUAUUCAAGGUUAUUUGGAUCAUAUUAUUCAAUGUAUUCGUGGUGAAAGUUCAGUUGUGCGACCAAGAGCUUUAAAUAAUAAUAAUGAUGGAGUGGUUAUUCCCGAGCAACCAUGGGUACAACAAUCAUUGCGAAAUUUAAAGCUUCAAGUCAGUUCUGUUAAUCAAUUACGAGUUCCAAUCAUUCCCGUUCAACAUGGUGAUAAUAAUAACGAUAAAAUUAUUAUUAAGUUUCGAUCAAUCAAUGGCUUUCAUUCAUCUGAAUUUCCUGUUAAUAUUAGCUGUGUUGACGCCAUGAAGCAAUUAGCUGAUGAGUUUAAUUUGGACGCUAAUCAGAUUGAGUUGUUAUUUGUUAGCCAUAUGUCAAUUUAUCAGUUUGAUAAAUUGAUUGAUUUUGUUCAAGAUUGUCCGGAACAUGGAGAUUUGAAUUUGUUAACUAAAAAUAAUAGUUAUUCUAAUCCACGAAAUGAUUUACGAUUAACUAUUCUUGGAGCUCAUCCUAAUCGAGGAUAUUAUUCAAAUAAUAAUAAUAAUAAUGUUGAUUCUGCUUAAAGAUUCAAUUCUAUUAAGAGCUUAUUCCCUGAGUCAAUUAUAAUUCAAACAAUAUUCAAUCAAAUUCAAUCAAAAUUCAUUCAA